GCCUCGCCCCCACCACCUGGGCGGAGCCGGCGCGGGAUCCGGGUGUCAGUGCUGGCAGCAGCGGCAGCUGUGGGGCGAGGGUCGCAGCCCUGUGCGGGCCAUAGCAACUUCGUGGGCGGAUCCUGGUGUGCGAGGCGGGACCCGAGGAUUUCUGGCCUCCCCUCCAAACAGAUCCCACCAAGAUGGCGUCCGCUAGUGAGCCCCCUGCCAGCCCACGGGACGCUGCCGACCAGAACUUUGACUACAUGUUCAAACUGCUCUUGAUCGGGAACAGCAGCGUAGGCAAGACCUCCUUCCUGUUCCGCUAUGCCGAUGACUCCUUCACCCCCGCCUUCGUGAGCACAGUGGGCAUUGACUUCAAGGUCAAGACAGUCUACAGACACGACAAGAGGAUCAAGCUGCAGAUCUGGGACACAGCAGGCCAGGAGCGCUACCGGACAAUCACCACGGCCUACUACCGCGGAGCCAUGGGCUUCCUGCUGAUGUAUGACAUCGCCAACCAGGAGUCCUUCACAGCCGUGCAGGACUGGGCUACGCAGAUUAAAACCUAUUCCUGGGACAACGCCCAGGUCAUCCUUGUGGGGAACAAGUGUGACCUGGAGGAUGAACGGGUCGUAUCUGCUGAGGAUGGCCAGAGGCUCGCUGAUGAUCUUGGUUUUGAGUUCUUCGAGGCCAGCGCCAAGGAGAAUAUCAACGUGAAGCAGGUGUUCGAGCGCCUGGUGGAUAUCAUCUGUGACAAGAUGAAUGAGUCCCUGGAACCCAGCUCCAGCCCAGGCAGCAAUGGGAAAGGCCCAGCCCUUGGGGAUACCCCACCCCCACAGCCUAGCAGCUGCGGCUGUUAGGUUCGGCCCUUGACCUCCCCACACCUGUCCUUCUUGCCUCUUCAUGGGCAGCAGCCAAGGUGUGAGCUAUGGGGACUGUCUCUCAGCUCAGGGCACCCCCUUGCCUCUGGUCCACGUCCCCCUCCUCUUGCACAAGUUCAGCUCCCUUUCUCUCCAUGUCAGAAUGCUCAGACAGUCCUGGUUAGAGCCCACGCCCCGGGCUCUGCUCAGCAUUGUCUGGGGUUGGCACACCCACACAGGCAUUCGAUGGAGGUAGCUGUAGGUGCCAUGGCCUUUCCUGAUGAUGGAAGAAUGUCCCAUGCCUUCCGCCUCAGAACCAUUUCCCAGGUGUGUGAUCUACUCCUCUGCUGUUGGCUGAAGAUGUCACCUGGUGUGGGACGCUGUCCAACUCAGUCCUGGUAGCCUCUCGAUCUCAGGUCCACCAGUUUGGCCUUGAAACCUGCCUGUGAACUGGCCACUGCCAAGGAUACAGGCAGGUCUGCCGUCUCCAUCUCUGCCUCUCUGGCAUCGGCCGGAAAGCCUGCUUUCCCGUUAUAGAGGGAUAGAGUCAGAGCCCCUGACACCCGGGACUCUCCAAAGUGCCUUCCAAGCUUCUCCUGAAUCCAUGCCACUCCCAGAAUUAAAUUUUGGAUUAUUCAGGGCCCUAUCACAUGGAGGCUGAGAAUUGCCCCACCCUUAACAGUACAGCUUUCUGUCAGUUUACCUCAGAGCCAGGGAACUGAGGCUGUCCACCCAGGUCCCCAUCUGUCCCGUGUUUUAAGCAAGAGCUUUACAAACCUUACAUCCUGUGUAGAAACGGAAGUGGAGAAAGCAACCCACAGAGGGCGUGCCCUUGCUAGUCAGUUUCUCAUGGCAGGAUUUGGGCUUCUCCACCCAAGGACUCAUGUAUAGACCCAGCGUUGGCAUCGUCACCAUCAGUUGGCCCAGGGACACUGGGGUUGUGGGGAAGGAUUGGGGAGACGGCAUCAGUGGGCAACCCAGUGUUUUUGUUUGUACAUCAUGGGAGCAACAGGCCCUCCUGUGAGUUAGGGAUGGGCUUCGGGUGUGGUUGAUGUCUCUACAAAGCUUGAGACUUAGCCCCUAGGAUACUCGACUCUCUCCAGCUAGGAAGUCUUUUGACUCACCGACCAAACUCCCCUAAACACCAUCUGACAUACAUGGUCCAGGUGACAGAUGGUCGCUCAGAGUCACAUACCCCUGAUUCUGUAUCAGUGUGUCCUCCUUCAGUCCCCAGAGCCAAAAUCAUUCUGCAGCCCUACUGAGCACAGCCUCUUCCUGGGGUGUGUACAACCUACGGUGCCUGCUUCAGGUCCAGAUGUGUUUCUAGGCCUGCCAGUGGCUGUCUUCGUACAAAGUGAGGGCGUCUGACUACUGGGAGGAAAGAGUCAAUUUUUUUUUAUGUUGCUUUAUCAUUAAAUAGUCAAAACAAUGAAAAUUA